AUGGAGAAUCUGAAGAUGAUAAUUAGCAUUCACACGGCGAUGGAUCUGAUCGUUGCUGUUUUCUUGAUGAUCGGAUUUGGAUUCUAUGCUCUCAUCGUCUCUGUCCUCUGCUCCGUCGCUUUCCUCCAUCAUGUCAGAGCUGCUCCUCCCAGCCCCUCCGUUUUAAUAUCUAGCUGGAGAUAA